UGGGCGUGCUGCGGCAGCUCACUGUCGGCGCCACUCAUGACAUGUAGCCCAACAUGGCCCCUGCCAGCCGGGCUGUUGUUGUGAUUGCGCUCUCGCUGCUCUGCUGCCCUCGUCGGCCGGUCCUCGCCACCGAGUUGUUCUCCACGCUGAGGCUGUUCAACAGCGAGCUCCACAAGCAGGGAUGCAGCUCGCUGUCCGAGUGGGAAGAGUACGCUGCGGACUGCGAUUCGUCUGUUUUGCAGUUGGACGACCCAGACUGCGAGGAGGGAAGCAACCCAGCCUGCCAAUCAGUUUUCUCGCUGAACGCAGAGAAGAUUCUUAAUCAAGCCAGGCUGUUUAUCGAGCAGAAGAAAAUCCCCUUCCCUGUCGAAAACGCCAACACAAAUGAGGAACUCGCCAUUGGCUACGUCCUGAUCGGCAACGGCCUUUAUGACGAAGCAAUAAAACACUUGUCGCUGCUGCUGCAGGGCGACCCAGAGCUGGUUAGCGCCAUCUACGGCCGAGGCAUCGCCUACGGAAAGAAAAGUCUCCAGGACAUCAAAAAUGCUGACCUGGCGUUGUAUGAGCUCAACAGAGUCAUCACCCUGGAGCCCAACUGGCCGGAAGUCUAUGAGCAGAGAGCAGAGAUCCUGUCUCCUCUGGGUCGCAUCAGCGAGGCUCUGGCCGACCUGACCAAAGCCAUCCAGCUGCAUCCGUCUGCUCGUCUCUACAGACACAGAGGAACGCUGCUCUUCAUCUCAGAGGACUAUGUGGCGGCCUCAGAGGAUUUCCAGCAGUCCUUGGAGCUGAAGAGGAAUCAGCCCAUCGCCAUGCUCUACAAAGGCCUCACCUUCUUCCACAGAGGCAUGCUCAAGGAGGCCAUAGAGACGUUCAAAGAGGCGCUGAAGCUCAAGUCUGACUUCAUCGACGCUUACAAGAGCCUGGGACAAGCCUACAGAGAGCUGGGCGACUUUGAGGCGGCCAUGGAGAGCUUCCAGAAGGCCCUCUUGCUGAACCAAAACCACAUCCAGUCCCUGCAGCUGCGGGGCAUGAUGCUCUACCACCACGGCUCCCUGCAGGAGGCCAUCGGCAACUUCAAGAGGUGUCUCCAGCUGGAGCCCUACAACGAGGUGUGCCAGUACAUGAAGGGCCUGAGUCACGUGGCCAUGGGUCAGUUCUACGAGGGCAUCAAAGCUCAGACUAAAGUCAUGCUCAACGACCCCCUGCUGGGACAGAAGGCCAGCUCAGAAUACCUCAAAGUCAAAUACCUCCGAGAGUACUCUCGCUACGUGCAUUCCCACCUGGACGUCCCGGUCGCCGAGUACAACGUGGACCAGGACUUGCCGGGGAACUUCAAGAAUCACUGGGCCAAGAACCUGCCCUUCCUCAUAGAAGACUAUGAGGAGCAGCCUGGCCUGCAGCCGCAUAUCAAGGAUGUGCUGCUCCAGAACUUUGAGAGCUACGGCGCCGACAUCCAGAAGCUGAUCUGCACGGCCGACCACCUGGGUGCACUGAUGCAGUACGACACGCCGGGCUUCUUGCCCAACAGGAGGAUACACAGAGCCAUGGGUUUGGCCACGCUGGAGGUGAUGCAGGCCAUGCAGCGCACGUGGAGCAACGCCAAAGUGCGAGUCAACGGCAAGACCAGGCAGAUGCAGUGGAGGGACAUGUUUGACGUCGCUGUCAAGUGGAGGAGGAUUGCUGAUCCCGACCAGCCGGUUCUGUGGUUGGACCAAAUGCCCGCGAGGAGUCUGAGUCGCGGAUUCAACAAUCACAUCAACCUCAUCAGGGGUCAGAUUAUCAACAUCAGAUACCUGGCGUACUUUGACAAAAUCCUGGACUUCAUCAAAGACCGAAUCCUGGUCUACCACGGGGCGUACAACCCCAGAGGACUGGUAGAAGUCCGCCAAGCCCUGGAGAAUGUGAAUAAAGUGGAGGACCUCCUUCCUAUCAUGAAGCAGUUUAACAGUAAAACCAGAGAUGGCUUCACAGUCAACUCCAAAGUGCCCAGUGUGAAGGAUUCUGGGAAAGAAUAUGACGGCUUCACCAUCACCAUCACUGGAGACAGAGUGGGCAACAUGCUGUUCUCAGUGGAGACGCAGACCACAGAGGAGCGCACACAGCAGUACCAGGCAGAGAUAGAGUCCAUCUACAGAGAGCUGACGGCCAAAGGAAAGGCCUUGAUGCUCUCCACCGAGCUCGGGGAUGCAGAUGCUGUGUGCAACUUGAUCCUCUCUUUGGUUUAUUACUUCUGCAACCUCAUGCCGCUCUCCAGAGGCUCCAGCGUGGUGGCCUACUCUGUAGUGAUGGGGUCGCUGAUGGCCAGCGGGAAGGAGGUCAGCGGUCGGAUCCCCAAAGGAAAGCUGGUGGACUUUGAGGCCAUGACCACGCCCAGUCCAGACGGCUUCAGUAAAACAGCAAAGAGCUGGAUGAACCUCAGGAGUUUACCCACUUGGUACCAGAAUCUUCCCUCCGUGGCAGAGACCUUCCCGUCCACCAGGACCAUGAUCGAAGUCCUCAACACGGACUCGUCUUCGCAAUGUUCAAAGACGUCUUAGCACAAGAGCUGAAGUCUCCACAGGUGGUCGUCUUCUGGAGCAAAGCCACAUUCCACAGUUCAUUCAAAAAAAAAAAAGUUGCACAGUGGAACCUCUAAAGUCCGACACAAUCCGUUAAUCUGCCUCUCCUUUGUUUGGAAGAAAUAAUCAGAAAAUGAAUUAAGGAAUCAAAUAAAUCCUUACAAAUAAAUCUCAAGUCCAGUCAAGCUGUCCCCUUGUAAUGAAAAAUGAAGUGGAGGUCAAAGUGUAAGAUGAUCUUAAUUAUUGCUGUUCCAGUCUUGGUGACAGUCACACAUCUUUUAACAUUUGGAAUAUUAUAAGUCUUUGAAAUGAAAAACAAUACUGGUGCUUUUGCUGAAAACGACGAGUGUCCCAUUUUUAGAGUUUCCGCUGUUCGCAAUGAUUUGGUUCCCCUUAAAGCUGCAGCACAUGUUUUGGUUCAUAAUCAUAAAAGCUGCACAAGGACAAGGAGGCUGACGGCACGGGUAAAGUUCUACUUGGUUCAGUGUCAGCUUGAACAUGUGGUACCAGUGGAACCACCUGACUUGGCUUUUCCUGACGUUUGAGAUCGCUGGCACAUCUCCAGGCUGUCGGAGACAAAGCACAAAGUAAAAGGAGCACACCGAGUGAGGAGCACACAUCUUUCUAGAAAAAAGCAGAGCGUUGCGUCAUCGCCAACGUUUACCUUUGAUUGUCAUGCUCAUAUAAAAAACCUUUUAGUUGGGAGGUUGAACGUGUCAAAAAGUGGAAGCCAAGCGAUGACAUUCAGUGUAUUGUGAACAAAGAAGUGAUGUUUACAUGCGGUUAUACUCCAGCUGCUAUCAAGGUUGGUUGAAGCACAGCAACCAAGAAGUGUUCAUUGCAAUUCAAUUUGUUUUUUGACGUCUAGUGUGAAUUCUCCUCUGAAUGUUUCAUUUCCACAGCAGCGGCUGACAAAGAAGUAUUUAUUGUUGUUUUGUGCAUUUCCAUACAGCACUUAAAAAGUAUCAAAGAUUGUGUGGUUAUACCGCAAAAGAGAAACUUGAAGGAGUGAAUGUUCCCCAGCCAAUAAAGUGCUUAACCAUA